AUGCCUCCUCCUCCUCCCCCUCCUCCUCCGCCUCCCCCAGGUGGGUUGGGAGGCCCUCCUCCUCCCCCUCCGCCCCCAGGCAAUUUUCCCGCAAGACCUUCAAAUGCGGCAGUGAAAGACCGAAGCGCACUACUAUCUGAUAUCACGAAGGGGACCCGUUUGAAAAAGGCAGUGACCAACGAUAGAUCCGCACCAAUAAUUUCUAAAGAGGGCAGCAAGACAUCCGGUCCUCCAAUCGCUGGUGCCCCCCCUGUUCCUGGCAUUCCUAAGCCGCCGUCUGGUCUUGCGCCUCCAGUUCCCUCUGCAAACAGACUACGAAGCAAUAGUGAGGGACGUUCCGGGCCCGAUAAUACAUCCAGCCUCCCAGCAGCACCACAACUGGGUGGGCUUUUCGCAGGUGGGAUGCCCAAGUUGCGCAGCCGUGGGGGUGUUGAUACUGGGGCCAGUCGGGAUUCUCCAUAUCUUUCGGAUUCUGAGAGUACAAGGCCGAAGCCCCCUGUUGCAUCUGCUCCCAGACCACCGGCAGCUCCAAAACCACCUGUGGCGCGCCCUCCUCCACAGCCGCCGUCUACGGAGUCUCCUCCCAUUAACCCGUUGGUCGCGAACCUCAGAAAAACACCUCUGAGACCAGUCUCGAGGCCCUCCUCAACUACAACUUCCACAAAAACAUUCCCAGAUGCGGCACCUCCGCGUCAGCCGCCUCCAUUGCCUGGGGCUAAACCUACAGUAUCUUCUAGGAAACCGUCAGCUCCAUUUCAACCACCUCCACCUCCCCCUCCUUCUACUAGCCCAGCUGCACCCCCUCCUCCUCCUCCACCACCCCCGUCAUCUGCUCCCCCGACCGCCACCUCCAAUGCGGUCGACCCCUCCUCCGCCUCCACCUCCGCCUCCUGCUCCGGCGACAGCUACAUCGCAUGCAAAUGGAGUUGCAGCUGCUUCAAUAGCUGUCCAGGCUGCCAGGAAUGCUUUUGGAAACAGUAA